AUGGUUCAAAUGACCCUGCAAGACCAGGCAGUCAUCAAAGCUUUGCCCGGAAACGACACUUGCAGUGAUUGUCACGGCAAAAACCCGGAAUGGGCAAGCGUCAGUUUUGGGAACGUUUUUUGCCUCGAUUGCAGUGGAGUUCAUCGGUCAUUGGGAGUGCACAUUUCGUUCGUCCGAUCGAUUAGAAUGGAUUCCUGGGCACCGAAGCAACUUGAACUUAUGAGAGCCGGUGGAAAUGACAAGUUGAACGCAUACCUGAAGUCGAAGAACAUUCAGAAAACAACACCAAUUAGGCAAAAGUAUGAGAAUGAUCACGCACAAUUGUACAAGGAAAUUUUGAAAGCACGUGUGGAAGGAAGACCAGAACCAACAUCUCUUCCUAAAAAGACCACGUCGGCUCCUUCCUCGAUGAAUCGCCCGAUGGGUGCAGUCGGUAGCAGCAUGGGUGGUGGUGGUGCCCAAGAUGCGAAUGGUAUGGAAAGGCUAGCAGGAGAAACUGAACAGCAGUAUGUUGCGCGACAAACGAGACUUCGUGACGAUGCUCGUGAAAGGAUGAAAGCGAAGUUUGGAGGUGGAGGUAUGGGAGGAGUCGGUAGCAGUGGAAUGCAGGGAAUUGGAAGCAAUCCCAAUUACAAUCGAAAUGGAGGAGGUUAUGACCUGGAUAAUGUGGUUUCGGGAGUUUCCUCGGCAUUUUCCGCUGGUCUUUCGUUGGUGGGGGGUGUUGCUGGUGCAGCUGUCAACACUGUCAAUAGUGAUAGUAUUUCGUCCGUGCGAGGGUCCGUUUCCACCGUGGGAGGAAGUUUCUGGAGCAGUUUAAGUACGGGUAUCAGCCAAGUGGCAGAUACCAUCACAGCUCCCGAUGGAAAUGACGGUCUCGCUGAUCUGCAACAACAAUUCUCAUCGAACCGUCCUACCCAGAGCAAGUACAGCGGAUUUGGAUCUGAUAGUUCUAGAAAUGGAAACAGCGGUGGUUUCAAUGGUGGGCAGAAUUUCAAUAGCAGUGGGGCUGCCAAACCCACCAUGAGCAGAAUUCCUCCUUCCAACGGAUCAAAUCCUCUUGGUCAAGCACCUGGAAUGCCAGGAGAAGAUCCCAAUGGUAUGGAAAGAUUGACAGGAGAAUCAGACGAACAGUACGUUGCAAGGCAAACGAGAAUUCGCGACGAAGCCAAAGCGCGCAUGGCCGCCAAAUUUGGAGGCGGGGGGUUGAGUUCUGCGUCAUCGUCAUCCAAUUAUCCUGCCAGCUCAGGGACCAAUUUCGCAGCUCCUAGCUCCAGGCCCAACUCAUCUGCUUCGCCUGCUCCUCGUUCUGGCGGUUUUGGCGCUGCCACUCCACCGAGGAAAAUGUCUGCCGAUAAGUUGAGCUCGGAUGAUUUCUUUGCUUCAUUUGGAACCUAA